GGGAUGACCAAGACAGUGAGAAGUCCAAGCCAGCAGGCUCGGAUGGUGAGCGGCGAGGGGUGAAGAGACAGCGGGAUGAGAAAGAUGAGCAUGGCCGCGCCUACUACGAGUUUCGAGAGGAGGCGCACCACAGCCGUUCCAAGUCACCACCACCUCCUGAGGAAGAGGCAAAGGAGGAGGAGGAAGAUCAGACUCUUGUGAACCUGGACACGUAUACCUCGGAUCUUCAUUUCCAAGUGAGCAAAGACCGCUACGGAGGGCAGCCACUCUUCUCAGAGAAGUUCCCCACCCUCUGGUCUGGGGCAAGGAGCACUUACGGAGUAACAAAGGGAAAAGUCUGCUUUGAGGCCAAGGUAUCCCAGAAUCUCCCAAUGAAAGAAGGCUGCACAGAGGUGUCUCUCCUCCGAGUUGGGUGGUCCGUUGAUACUUCCUGUCCCCAGCUGGGUGAGGAUGAAUUCUCUUACGGCUUUGAUGGACGUGGACUCAAGGCAGAGAAUGGCCAGUUUGAGGAGUUUGGCCAGACUUUUGGGGAGAACGAUGUCAUUGGCUGCUUUGCUAACUUUGAAUCUGAAGAAAUAGAACUUUCCUUCUCCAAGAAUGGAGAAGAUCUAGGUGUGGCAUUCCGGAUCAACAAGGACUCCCUGGCAGACCGCGCCCUCCUACCCCAUGUCCUCUGCAAAAAUUGUGUUGUAGAAUUAAACUUUGGUCAGAAGGAGGAGCCCUUCUUCUCGCCCCCCGAAGAGUUUGUGUUCAUCCACGCGGUGCCUGUGGAGGAGCGCGUGCGCACUGUGGUCCCACCUAAGACUGGAGAGGAGUGUGAGGUAAUUCUGAUGGUGGGACUACCUGGAUCUGGAAAGACCCAGUGGGCAUUGAAAUACGCAAAAGAAAACCCUGAGAAAAGAUACAACGUCCUGGGAGCUGAGACUGUGCUCAGUCAGAUGAGGAUGAAGGGGCUGGAGGAGCCAGACAUGGACCCCAAAAGUCGUGACCUUUUAGUUCAGCAAGCCUCCCAGUGCCUUAGUAAGCUGGUCCAGAUUGCUUCUCGGACAAAGAGGAACUUCAUUCUUGAUCAGUGUAAUGUGUACAACUCUGGCCAACGGCGGAAGCUGUUGCUGUUCAAGACGUUCUCACGGAAGGUGGUGGUGAUCGUCCCCAGUGAGGAAGAUUGGAAGAAGAGGCUGGAGUUGAGGAAGGAAGUGGAGGGAGACGAUGUGCCUGAGUCCAUAAUGCUGGAGAUGAAAGCCAACUUCUCUCUGCCUGAAAAAUGCGACUACAUGGAUGAGGUGACAUACGGGGAGCUGGAGAAGGAGGAGGCCCAGCCCAUUGUCAGCAAGUACAAGGAGGAGGCCAGGAAGCUGCUGCCCCCGUCAGAGAAGCGCACAAACCGCCGGAACAACCGGAAUAAGCGCAACCGCCAGAACCGAAGCCGGGGCCAAGGCUACGUGGGCGGGCAGCGCCGAGGCUACGACAACCGGGCCUACGGGCAGCAGUACUGGGGGCAGUCUGGAAACAGAGGGGGCUACCGUAACUUCUAUGACCGCUACCGAGGAGAGUACGACCGGUUCUACGGGCGGGACUACGAAUACAACAGAUACAGGGACUACUACAGACAGUACAACCGGGACUGGCAGAAUUAUUACUACCACCACCCACAGGACAGGGACCGGUACUACAGGAACUACUAUGGUUACCAAGGGUAUCGGUGAAGCCCCUGUAUGGUCACCUGUCCACCACGAAGCUGGAUCUCUUGGGGUGCCAGGCACCUUCCAAAACACAACCAAGGAAAACAGGGGCUGCCGGGGUGGGGCUGAGCUGCCUGAAAAACUGUACAUUUUUUUUAAAAGUUUGUUGAAAAGAAUAUUGUCUUAUUCUAUAAAACAUUUCAAACCUAGUUAGAUAUUUGUAAUCCAAAAACAUUUGCGCAGAACUAGGGCUGCCUGUUCUGUACCCUGCAGUUGCGAGGGUCACCUGACGCUGGCGGCGGCGACGCAGCGGGCGCGGUGGGAGGAGGAAGGUGCUCUGCGGCAGGUAGGAGCAGGCAGGGCGGGCCAGGGCGCUUGUGACCACCGGGCAGCGAAAUAAAGGAUCGGCUCUGGGCGAUCACUUCACCAACUAACCGUUUGCAUUUUCUUUACGACCUUUCCCUCUUGGGACCUCUGGUCUGCUGGGCUGGGAGGCCGGAGUGUCACUGCCCUUUGCUGUGCUUCAUGCCUGGUGGCGGCGCAGAGGCUGCUGGUCAGGGUCUUGCUACCCAGGGUCCCAGGCCAGGGCCACAGCCGCUCUGUACUGUCCUGAACCCUGUGAAUCUCGGGAGAGUGAGGGUGUGGUCUGCGACUGGACUGGAUUCUCAGGGUUUCUGCUCGCAGCCCUGCGGGCGGGCAGGCGGCAGGCCGCGCACAGUGGUGUGUGCAGCACGGGUGCUGAGCAGUCACUGUUUUCUACAGUGCAGGGCGCUGCCCUGGGGGUUUUGUAUGGGGUCCUGGAUAGGAGGGUGGGGGUGGUGGGUGCAUGCCAGUGCACGGGGCAGGAGCACCUUUGCAGCAGGGCCCCUCAGGGCCUCAGCCAAGACCUGUGGAGGGCUCCUCGCCUCCUGACAGUGCCCAGUUCCGGACCCGCAGGGGCCGGGUUCAAGGGUCCAGGUGGGAAAUGGGGGUGCUUUUUCAUAUUGGGCUUCAGUUCUCAUUCCCCUUCCUCCUCAGCGUUGUGCCCAGCGCGUCCUAGGAGAGGGCACUGGGUCUGCUCCUGGAGGAACGCGUCCCACCUGAGCGGUGGUCUCUACGCGCAGCCUCUGCUGGGUGUGCAGGAGGCCCCAGCCCUGGCCGGUGGUCAGGCCGCACCCUUCGUCCAAGCUCCUCUGCCUGAGGGUGGAGUGGGCUGGCGGGACAGCAGUUUGUGCUCACCUGGUGAUACCUUUGCUGGUGCCACACGGAGUUCAUGUGGCAGUGGGUGAAGGGACAGUACAGACGCUUCUGUAACCCACUAACCUUCAGGGAGUGAGAGGAAGCUCUGCGCAGCAUGGGGCCAAGGGGCGACGUGGGGAGCAGGAUUACAGGCCUGGGUCUCCCAGACAGAGGGAGCAGCCUUUCCUUGACACUGUGACACACGGGGAUGCCAGGGCCUGUGGGCAGGGAACAAAGCUGCAGCCACCCAAGCUCCACUGGGCAGGGUGGAGGAAGUGUUUGCUGUUGGUUUUUGACACUAGAAAGUCAUCUCUUAAAUAGCUGUUCUUGGGGAUGGAAGGAGAGCAAAGCUGCCGCCUCCUGGUGGAUUCCUCACAGCGGGCGCUCCGAGCAGCAGGACCUGUGGGCUCCCUCCUCUCAGGAGGUGUUGACAGGGCUAUAGGCUGUGGCAGCAGGAGGGACCCAGCUUGUUUUCCCUAGAAGACUUGUCCAGCGUCUGUUGUAGACGGAAAAGGUUUUGUGAGAAAACUACCACUGGGAGCCUGUAAAUGUUUUUGCACAACCUGUAAAGCAUUCUUGGAAGUGGCCAGUAAAAGUUUUACCUUAAAAAAA